AUGAGUAGAGCUCCUCUACUAUCCAAGCCUCUUCCAGAAGAGAACCUCAUCAUCUACCUCUCAGUAUUGGCAACGGCAUUGAGUUCCGACGCGGAGCAACAGUACCCCAAACUUGAAAAAUUGGCCUACGCUCUCGUUCUCUCCGCACACAAGCUUCGAACCUACUUCCAGGCUCACACCAUUGAAGUAUUAACCAACCAGCCCCGACGACAAGUCCUGCAGAAGCCGGAGACAUCAGGACAACUAAUCAAAUGGGCCAUCGAGCUCGGUGAAUUCGACAUAUGUUAUCAUCCCCGGCCUGCUGAAAAGGGACAAGCUAUGGCCGAUUUCAUUUCGGAACUCACACUUCCUUCUGAAAUCAAUCGACCCUACCACGGAACCACCCUCGGCAUCCAUGGAGACACAUUCAGCUGA